GCCAAAUUUAUAUACUUAAAAUAAUUUUAAUGGAAUCUCAAGGAAGUAAUACAAUGAGAGUGUCCAGCUCCAGAAGACUUGCAAGAAAGAGAACAACUACGCUUAAGAAGACAGACUCAGAACACCCUAUUCAUAAGAGAAUGAAGACUGGAAAUGACAAUGAUUCAAUUAAAGAAAUAGGCUCCUCCAACGGCUACAGUCAAAAUUCUGAAGGAAUAAUGAAUCUCGAAAGAAAAACAGGUGGUAUUAACUCAGAAGCCGCGAUGUCUUUUAAUAACACCUUUCAGUUGAAUAAAGAUAAAACCUCUGACUCCUUUUUCAAAAGCGACCUAAAGAUCCCAAAUGAUACCCAAAAUAAGAGUCUAAAGCUCAGACGCUGCGAGACUGAGCACCUCAGAGCAUGUGAGGACCUCGAAAACGAAGAAGACCCUGGUGAAAAUGCCCCAGAAUCCUCUUCUCAUAUCUUUCAAAAUUCACCUCAAGCAGAAACUUCCAGCCAGGGUGUCCCUAAGCACCUUGCUGCAAAGAAACUGUCCAUCUCUAGACAAAAGAGUGCACUCGACCGGCAAGAACUAGACGUCGCCAGGAUGGUCACCCAGAGCAAGGUCAUGGAGAAGAAGAUCACAGAGAUUAGUAGAAGUCUGACUGUGACUAAGAUGAAGAAGUGUAUGAUUAAGGAAGCACUGGUCAAGUAUAUUGUUAAGACUGAGGAAUUACAGAGGAGGGAGAAGAAAAUUUAACACCAAAGAGCAACAGCACAGAUUAGGGAGGUUCGCUGAGAUCCAUUCUAGUGGUCAAUACAAGACAGUUUGGGAGGAAGGAGAAGAAUUUAAGAAGCUCAACUCAGAGCUUUUGCAGCUUGAGGAAGAAAAAGAGCGCAUUGAUAAGUUAAAGAAGAGUCUUAAAGCCCGCAAACAUCACGAAGCCACCGCCAGUGGCGAAGGUAGUGAAGACUCUAUUGUCAAAAAUGAUCAGGAAUACCAGAUGAAGCUUGAUUUGAGAGAACAGAAGGAGAUUUUGAAUUUUAAGGCAGGAAUCACUCUGAAAAUGAUCAAAGAAGUCAAAGACAAGCUCGAAGCUCUAAGAAAAGAAAAAGUUCUGUUUCAGGUCGAACUAGCUCGUAUGAAGGAAGAAGCUUCAUAUCGUAACGGAAUAUUUAAAAAUAGGUAUGAAAUUUUGAAGGACAGAUAUUUGAUUCUUUCACUUCUUGGCAAAGGAGGAUACUCUGAAAUUUAUCGCGCCUAUGAUCUUGAAAACUGUAGAGAAGUCGCAUGUAAGAUUCAUCACUUCGACAACAGCUGGACUGAGAGCCUCAAAUGCAAUUAUAUUAAGCAUGCUCUGAGGGAGAACAAGACCCAUAGAGAACUUAACCACCCAAGGGUGGUGAAGCAAUAUGAUACAGUUGAGAUUGAUAAUAAUUCAUUCUGCACCAUUCUAGAAUUAUGCAGUGGCCCAGACCUAUCUGUCUAUCUGAAGCUGCACGGUAGAAUCCCUGAGAAGGAGGCUAAACUGAUCAUCUCCCAGAUUCUCUCUGGAUUGAAAUACCUGAACGAAAGAGAAAAGAGAAUCAUCCAUUAUGAUUUGAAACCCCAAAAUAUUUUGUUUCAUAAGGGUGAAAUCAAAAUUUCAGAUUUUGGAUUAUGAAAAGAACUUGAAGGAGAUACUGACAAAAUUGAGUUAACCAGCCAAGGAGUCGGUACAUAUUGGUACCAGCCACCAGAAUGCUUCGAGAUCGGCCCUGAUCCAGCCAUGAUAAACUCCAAAGUUGAUGUCUGGAGCGUAGGAGUCAUAUUCUAUGAACUCCUCUACGGUUUCAGACCAUUUGCUGAUAAACUUCCACAACAAAAAAUAUUAAAGGAAAGAAGCAUUCUAAAGGAAGCCAAACAGAUCCAUUUCCCUGGCACUGUGAAGGUAUCGGCAGAGACCAAAGAUUUCAUCAGAAAAUUAUUGAGCUACAACAUCGAGGAGAGAUUUAGUGUGGAGGAGGCUUACUUUGAGGCAUAUUCGACCUCUAUAAGUAAUUUGUAA